ACUAGAAGAUGCAAAGUACGUAUGGAGGGGCUGGACAUAAAUGUGAUGCAAGUGUGGACCUCUGUUAAAAUGUGGCUCAAAAAGAUGGUGAAUGAGUUGAAAGUGCAACGACAACUCAAUAAAGAGGAUCUUGAUGUGCUCAAUGAUUUAAAUUUGGAGCUGCCGAGAAUUAUUAACCUGAAAUGUAGGCUCGUUAAAUGGUCAAAGCCUCCAUCGGGAUGGGUUAAGCUCAAUUGCGAUGGGAGUUGUCGGAAUAAUCCAAGGUCUUCGGGAGGUGGGGGCAUCUUGCAGGAUAUGGAUGGUCAGGGAAAUGCACUCUUUGGUAUUUAUGAGACUAUUGGAAUGAGCUUAGUCACGAAUUGCAAGGAAUGGAUACUCGUGUCGUUCAUUAAUUCCGUGAAGGGAACCAAGCGGCCGACUUCUUAGCUAAACAAGGGGAGCUAGGCAGUGAUGUAGUUUAUGAAGAAUUACGGCAAUUGCCGAGGUUCGUAAAGGGUCUUAUUCGGAUAGAUAAGGCUGGGCUGCCUCCAAUACGUACCUAAGGAUCAUUUUAUUUGUUUUGCUUUUGGGGUUGCUUAGAGGCUUUUUGUUAGGCAUGUUUAGUUUACUUUUUGUUUUUUAGGCAUGUUCAGUUUACUUUCUCUAUUAGGCCUAUGUAGUUCCGUUUUAUUGCUCUCUGGUUGUGGUCUGUUGCUUCCUAUUUUUGCUAGGCAUGUUUAGUUUACCUUUUGUUCAUUAGGCAUGUUUAGUUUACUUUUUCUAUUAGGCCCGUUUAGAUCUGCUUUGA